AGAGAUUCAAACAAUGUGAAAGGAGUCGGGAUGCGGGAAGAUAAAAUGAAUCCCGCCACAACACGCCAGUUGCCACUGCCUAGCGGGACCGAGUGAGUGAGAAUUCUGCACCACAAUGAAGUCUCUGAGGUCUGAAGUCCACUCAUUGUACACCAAACUCAAACAAUCAAUUAUUCUAUCUAUGCUUGCGUGUUUCCAUUCUUUUUCGUUUUCAUUUCCUCCAUGAAUGAAGAACUUUGUAAAGAGGAAGUUACUGAUAAUAACCGUUCUUCCCGUAGUUUUCCAGUCAUUUUUUGAGGCCAAGGAAUUCAUACAAGAUGGAUUCAAACUCUGAAGAAACAUCAGACACAUUGCUCUCAUCAUGGUGGUCUUUGCUCUUGCAACCAUUUCGAACUGUGUUGGGUCGUUUUUCCUUUUCCAAUUUUGGCCAGCGAGGUUCUCCUUCUUCCAGUACUUCUAUUGAUUCCAAUUUUGGCCAGCGAGGUUCUCCUUCUUCCAGUACUUCUAUUGAUUCCAAUUUUGGCCAGCGAGGUUCUCCUUCUUCCAGUACUUCUAUUGAUUCCAAUUGUGUCCAUACCUAUAGAUAUGACGUGUUUAUCAGUUUCAGAGGUGCUGACACCCGCAACACUUUUGUUGAUCAUCUUUAUGCUCAUAUAACAAGAAUGGGUAUGUUCGCCUUCAUGGAUGAUAAAAGGCUCGAGAAAGGAGAAUCCCUUUCCCCCCAACUUCUUCAAGCAAUUCAAAAUUCUAGGAUUUCUAUUGUUGUCUUCUCUGAAAGAUAUGCCGACUCUAUGUGGUGUUUGGAAGAGAUGGCUACUAUUGCUGAAUGCCGUAUAGAACUCAAUCAAAAAGUAUUUCCUGUUUUUUAUGAUGUCGAUCCAUCUCUUGUACGAAAACAGACCGGGGUGUAUCAGAGAUACUUUGAUUUAUACAUGAAGAAAUUCAAACAUGAUCCAAACAAGGUUGUGAGAUGGAUGAAUGCUAUGAAAGAUUUAGCUAACUUAGUCGGCUGGGAUGUCAGGAACAAGCGAGAGUCUAAAGAGAUUGAAAACAUUGUUCAAGCAUUGAUAAAAACUUUGAAUCAUAAAUUCUCAGGGUUUACCAGUGAUCUUGUUGGGAUGGAACCUCGCAUAGAAGAAUUAGAAAAGCUUCUAAAAUUGAACUCAAAGGAUGAUGACUUCCGAGUUCUGGGAAUUUGGGGGAUGAGUGGAGUAGGAAAGACAACUCAUGCUACUCUUUUGUACGACAGAGUCUCCUACCAGUUUGGUGCUCGUUGUUUUAUUAAUAACACAAGCAAACUUUAUAUGGAUGGUGGUAUUGUUGCUGUACAAAGACAAAUUCUUCGACAAGCUCUAGACGAAAGAAAUCUUGACUCAUACGAUACUUGUGAAAUUUUUGGGAUUAUGAUAAAUAGGCUUCAUAGUUGCACUAAGGUCCUUCUAGUUCUUGACAACAUUGAUCAAUUAGAGCAAUUGCAGGAAUUAGGUAUAAAUCCUAAAUUACUUGGGAGUGGCAGUAGAAUAAUCAUAACCACAAGGGAUGAGCAUAUUCUAAGAGUGUAUGGGGCUGAUAAAAUUCACAAAGUUCCAUUGUUGAAUAGUAGUGAUGCUUCUGAACUUUUUCUUAGAAAGGCCUUCAAAGGUGAAGUCCAAAGCAGUAAUUGUGUUGAGUUGAUUCCAGAGAUACUAAAAUAUGCUCAAAAUCUUCCAUUAGCAAUUAAAGUAGUGGGCUCUUUCUUGUGUACUCGAGAUGCGACUCAGUGGAGAGAUGCUUUGGAUAGAUUGAAGAACAAUCCAGACAAUAAAAUUAUGGACGUGCUCCAGAUGAGUGUUGAUGGACUACAACAUGAGGAGAAGGAAAUAUUUCUGCACAUUGCUUGUUUUUUUAAAGGGGAGAGGGAAGAUUAUGUAAAGCGAGUUCUAGAUGCAUGUGGAUUAUACCCUCACAUAGGAAUUCAAAGAAUCAUUGAAAAGUCACUCAUUACCAUUAAAAACCAAGAGAUUCAUAUGCAUGAUAUGUUGCAAGAACUUGGGAAAAAAAUUGUUCGGCAUAGCUAUCUUGAAGACCCUGAAUCGUGGAGUAGAUUAUGGCGAUGCAAUGAUUUCUAUCAUGUCAUGGAGAGAAAAACGGGAGCAAACAAUAAUGUUAAAGCUAUAGUUCUGGAUCAAAAGCAAAAUUUCUCCAAAUGCAUGGCUGAAGGAUUUUCAAAUAUGACCAACCUUGUACUUCUCAUGUUGUAUCAUAACAACUUUUCAGGCAAUUUGGACUUUCUUUCAAACAACUUGCGAUAUCUUUUGUGGCAUGGAUACCCUUUUACUUCUUUGCCGCCACGUUUUGAGCCAGAUUGUCUUGUGGAAUUAAAUAUGCCUGAUAGUAGCAUUCAACGACUGUGGGAAGGUUGCAAGGAACUACCUAAUUUGAAAAGGAUGGAUUUGAGCAACUCCAAGUAUCUUAUAGAGACUCCAAAGAUUUUUAGGACCCCAAAAAUUGAGCGGCUAGAUUUUACAGGAUGCACAAACUUAAUGCAGGUCCAUCCAUCAAUUGGACAUCUUACUGAACUUGUUUUCUUAAGUUUGCAAAACUGCAGCAGUUUGGUUGACCUUGAUUUUGGUAUUGCAUCAAGAUUAAGUUCUUUGAGAGUUCUACGUCUUUGUGGUUGUACAAAACUUGAAAAGACGCCAAGUUUUACCGGCGCAUCAAACCUUGAGUACCUUGAUAUGGAUGAAUGUACAACUUUAUCCAAAGUUCAUGAAUCCAUUGGGGAUAUGACAAACCUUAAAUUCUUGAGUUUGAGAAACUGCACAAAUCUGGUUGAAAUGCCCGAUAGCAUCAAUAGGAUGACAUCCCUUGUAACUCUAGAUUUUUGCGGUUGCUUGAGUCUUACAAUUCUACCCCUGAAAUGGACUCCUGCUUAUCAUAUGAGAUCUUUGAUUUUUCUAGAUUUAAGCUUUUGCAAUCUUCAUGAAGUACCUGAUACUAUUGGAACGUUAAAGACGUUGGAAAGACUAAACCUACAAGGAAACAAAUUUCGUUCACUACCUGAUGUUUUUUACAUUCUUCCCAACAUAGCAUAUGUAAACUUAUCUCAUUGCCAUGAGCUUGAAACUAUUGAAUUCCAACCUUUAAUUAGUGCUUCUUUUGGAGGAAUGUAUUUUAAUGGAGGAAGAUAUUUUGACAUAGCAGCAGGAUUGGGUGAUCAUAGAUCUGGAUUAUAUAUAUUUGACUGCCCCAAGAUCAUGAAGAUGAGCAUAAACCUAACGUUGGGAUAUAGAUGGUUUCGAAAACUGCAUGAGAAUCCCCAAAACUUUCGGUGUGGCUUUGACAUCGUUAUUCCUUGGGAUUGGAAAAAUAUUGAUCAUCCGUCAAGUGGCUGUAUUCUAAAAUGGUUCAAUCACCAAUUCGAUGGCGGUUCAAUAAUAAGGAUAGUGGAUUUUGAUGAGUUUUACAAGAAUUUUGGCUUUGCCUUCUGUGUGUCGUUUGAGGUAAAAAAUUGUCCUGCGAAUUCUGGAUCUCCACAGGAUUCAUUUUCUUCAGCACUCCCACAUCCUUUUUAUCUUUCUUUUGAAAGUGAACACACAGAGGAAUGCUUCGAUAUGCCUCUCAGUUUGGAACUGCACAAAAUUGAUGGCUCCAAACAUCUUUGGCUAAUCUAUAUCUCUGAAGAGCACUGCCAUUUCUUAAAAACUGGAGCCCAUAUCACAUUUAAAGCCUGCCCAGGUUUGUUAAUAAAGAAGUGGGGAUUACGCUUUGUAAUCAAGGAUUUAAUUGGAUCAUAUCCUGACCCUAGCUUCUGGGAACACUUUCUGGACACUGAUGCGCCCUCAUCGGACACUGAUGCGCCCCAACUUUUCAUAGAUUAUGUACAAAAAACCAGCAUGAAGUCUGGAACUAAAAUCCAACUUCCUUACAAUUGGUUGGUUACUGAACAGGAAGAAGUUGAGAAGUCUAGAGCCAAGUCAAAAGAUACCGAUCUUUCUAAUCUGGGCCUUUAGAUAUGCCAACUACAGCCAAAACACACAACACAUUCCAUGAGCCUUGAGUGAAUAUGCCUGAUAUUUGAGGUUAAGGUUUUAUCAUGAACCUUAUCAGGUGAAUGAAGACAUGAUAGGUACUGUUAUUCUAUGUUUGUGGAGGAUGAAUGUUUUUUAUCAGUUGCAACUUGGAAAUUUCUUCAACUUUGAAAGUCUCGUGUUGGACAAAUUCCGAAUGUGAUGGUAUAAGUUUUCGAUAGACCUUUACACGAAAUGUGUAUAAAAGGAAAGGGAUUGAAAUUGCUCAUUAGACAGUUUAGCGGGCAGUUAUGUAUUUCCUUAGCAGUUAAGUUUUAUUGUGUUUCUGUUUGUAUGUAAUUUGCUUCACUUUCUUUUAGCUGUAAUUGUGAUUGUAACUCUGCUUUGAAAAUUCUUGUCCAGAGUAAUGUUGGUUGUUGAAUAUAAAUUCAGAAAACCGACCGAUAA